CACUGCAUCUGUCGCAUAACACACAAGGACAUAAUAAAUCCAGUAAACUGAACAUCCGGGAAACGAAACAUGAUCUGCAAAAACGUGGAAUGUUUCAUUUUUUCCGCCCUUCAACCUCGUAAUGAUGGAGUAAAAAGCGACAUGAUUGGUGGAUGCGGCAAAGGAGAAAUGUAAAGCGCGAGUCCGUACGGCUCCGUGUGUUGCAUUGAUGUGCUGUGCUCGUCUGGGCUGCGCGUCUCCUCUCCUGUGACAGCGGCCAACGGGACGCGGUGCGAUCCCUGGGUCGGAAAAGACGAUUCUCCCAUUCUAUCGUUCUGCGGUAAGAAAACCUCGACUAGAUCACGCGCCAUACGAUCGCUAUACGCUAUCAACGUGAAUAAGCAGGGGGAAAGUGCACACAAUGGUGCUGGUCUGCGAUGUGCCGCUAGCUCUCAGCCAAACGCAGAAAAGACACUCCUUUUGCUUGACAGCUGCGGGGCCAAUGGAAAUAUGCAUCGACCCAGCUGCGCUAAGCUGCAGCCAAUGAACGAUCCCAGAGCUGCGGGUCCAAUGGUAGGUUAGGGUGCUGCAGCUCCACCGCUGCUAAACUUCCACCAAAUAAUAGCUGUUUGUAUUUUGGCUGCUGCAGUGGCCAUUUUAGAUGCAGUGAAGGAUAGACGAUGAAGAUACACAAAAAGGACAAGCAGCAGAUGCAUGGUGGCCUUUUGAAGCAUACUCCUUCAUCCUCCACUGCGGCAGCCUCCUCUUCCUCGGACCAAAACAGCAGCAACGCACAAACUACAUUACCCACGAUCCCGCGGGGCCAGCUGGUCCUGGGCCCCAAGGACCAGCUCCGCCUUCUCAACCCUGUGGGUGCCACAGCAACGACCAAUCACAUCACGGGCCAUGCCUCCCGGCACUCCGGAGGAGGAAGAGGAAGUGAUGAAGAGGAUGGAGGUGGAGGAAGGGCCGGAGCCCGGGUGAAAAAAAAAAGAAAGAAAAAAGAGAAGCGAGAGAAGGAGAAAGCGGAGAAGGAGGAGAGGGAGAGCAGGAAACCAAAGAAACGACGGGAGGAGAAGGAGAAGGAGAGGGAGAAGGAGGUGGAGACGCCUCCUCCUCCCGGCAGGAGGUGGAAGGAAGGGAGGAAGGCGUCUCAGCGAGUGGAGCUGAAGCGGGCGGCGGAGAGGAAGGACCUCAGCCAGGUGCCCGUCAAGGUGCCCGCGAAGAGAGGGAGAAAGCCCAAGAUUAAAAUCAUCCCUCCGGCCCCACCCCCAGCAACGGAUGCCGAGGCAGUCCCCAUGCCCCUCCCCACCCUGGUGGUGAGCACCAAGGCGGGAGGACACCCCCGAAUACAGACCUCCCUGGCCCAGGCCAAGGCCCAGAAACCCAGCCAACCCCCAGCCCACAAGCACCCCCCGGCACCCAGACAGACUCCAACACCCAAGCACGCCCCGGCCAACAAGCACGCCCCAGCAACCAGGCAUCUCACGACACCCAGACAGGCGCCAGCACCCAAGCAGACCCCAGCAUCGAAACACCCUGCAGCACCUAGAAACCCUCCAGCGCCUAAAAACCCUCCGGCGCCCAAGCAGAGGGGACGCAAGCCAAGAGAUCCCGGCGUGGCCCCAGUGGAGAAGAAGAAGAAGGGGAAGAGGAGAAACCAGGAGGUGGUGGUCCCAGAGGGGCCAGAGAGCGACGAUGCAGCCUCAGUAUCCACCCUGACCCUGGGGGGAGAUGACAGCCAGGACCCCCUAGAUCACACGAAGCGGCGGUCGGGCCGGCAGGUGAAGAGGAGGAAGUACAACGAGGACCUGGACUUCAAGGUGGUGGACGACGACGGGGAGACCAUCGCCGUGCUGGGGACCGGACGAAUCGGGGCCUUCAACGCCACGGCGCUCGCCUGGCAGGCUGAGGAGCCACCUGAAGAUGAGGCAAACAUCAUCGAGAAAAUUCUGAACGUCAGAACAGUGAAGAAGGAGGGUGCUUCUUCAGAGGAGGUAGAAGAUGAAGCAGAGGAGUUCUACGUCAAGUACCGAAACUUCUCGUACAUGCACUGUAAAUGGGCCACGCUGGAUGAGCUGGAGAAAGACCCACGCAUCCACCAGAAGAUCAAACGCUUCCGGACCAAGCACGCCCAGAUGAAACACCUGUUUAUUGAGCCGGAUGAGGAUUUAUUUAAUCCAGACUACAUAGAAGUAGACAGAAUUCUGGAGGUAGCUGUUACCACGGAUACUGAGACAGGCGAGGAAGUGACCCACUACUUGGUCAAGUGGUGCAGUCUGUCCUAUGAGGAGGCUACCUGGGAGCUACAGGAGGACCUGGACGCCUCCAAGAUCAAAGAGUUUGAGGAGAUCCAGAAAAUACCUGCUGACCUCCGAUACAUAGAGCGACCCCUCCCUGAUAAGUGGCAGAAGCUGGAGCACUCCAAAGACUACCGCGGGGCCAACCAGCUCCGAGAAUACCAGCUGGAGGGCAUGAACUGGCUGCUCUUCAACUGGUACCAUCGGAAGAACUGCAUCCUGGCCGACGAGAUGGGCCUGGGGAAGACCAUCCAGUCUAUCACCUUCCUGUACGAGAUGUUCAGCCUGGGCAUCCGCGGGCCCUUCCUGGUCAUUGCACCCCUCUCCACCAUCACCAACUGGGAGCGGGAGUUCCGCACGUGGACCCCCCUCAACGCCAUUGUCUACCACGGCUCCCAGAUCAGCCGGCAGAUGAUCCUGCAGUACGAGAUGUUCUACCGAGACCCCCAGGGGAACUCCAUCCCAGGGGUGCUGAAGUUCCACGGGGUGAUCACCACCUUCGAGAUGAUCAUGGCCGACUGCCCCGAGCUGAAGAAGCUCCACUGGCGCUGCGUGGUCAUCGACGAGGCCCACCGCCUCAAGAACCGCAACUGUAAGCUGCUGGAGGGCUUGAAGAUGAUGAACCUGGAACACAAGGUUCUGCUGACCGGCACUCCUCUGCAGAACUCUGUUGAGGAGCUGUUCAGUCUGCUGAACUUCCUGGAGCCGCUGCAGUUCCCCUCAGAGAGCACCUUCCUGGAGGAGUUUGGAGACCUGAAGACAGAGGAGCAGGUGAAGAAGCUACAGGCUAUCUUGAAGCCCAUGAUGUUGAGGAGGCUGAAGGAUGAUGUAGAGAAGAACCUGGCACCUAAAGAAGAGACCAUCAUAGAGGUCGAGCUGACCAAUAUGCAGAAGAAAUACUACCGGGCCAUCCUGGAGAAGAACUUCUCCUUCCUGUCUAAAGGUGCCAACCAGCACAACAUGCCCAACCUCAUCAACACCAUGAUGGAGCUACGCAAGUGCUGCAACCACCCCUACCUCAUCACAGGAGCGGAGGAGAAGAUCCUGGACAGCUUCAGGAAGAGCCACAGCCCGGAUGCGUGGGACUUCCAGCUGCAGGCCAUGAUCCAGGGUGCGGGGAAGCUGGUGUUGAUAGACAAGCUGCUGCCCAAGCUGCUGGCCGGGGGGCACAAGGUGCUCGUCUUCUCCCAGAUGGUCCGCUGCCUCGACAUCCUGGAGGACUACCUCAUCCAGAGACGCUACACGUACGAGCGCAUCGACGGGCGCGUGCGUGGGAACCUCCGGCAGGCUGCCAUCGAUCGCUUCUCCCGGCCCGACUCGGACCGCUUUGUGUUCCUGCUGUGCACGCGGGCGGGGGGGCUGGGAAUCAACCUCACCGCCGCGGACACCUGCAUCAUCUUCGACUCCGACUGGAACCCCCAGAACGACCUGCAGGCUCAGGCGCGCUGCCACCGGAUUGGCCAGUCGAAGGCGGUGAAGGUGUAUCGGCUGAUCACCAGGAACUCGUAUGAGAGGGAGAUGUUUGAUAAGGCCAGCCUGAAACUGGGUCUGGACAAGGCUGUUCUACAGGACAUCAACCGCAAAGGCAGCGUCAAUGGGACGCAGCAGUUGUCUAAGCUGGAGGUGGAGGACCUGCUGAGGAAGGGUGCGUACGGAGCCCUCAUGGACGACGAGGACGAGGGCUCCAAGUUCUGUGAGGAAGACAUCGACCAGAUCCUCCAGAGGAGAACCCAGACCAUCACCAUCGAGUCUGAGGGCAAGGGCUCCACCUUCGCCAAGGCCAGUUUUGUGUCUUCUGGGAACAGGACAGACAUCUCCCUUGACGACCCCAACUUCUGGGCCAAGUGGGCCAAGAUUGCGGAGUUGGAGAUAGACUCCAAAUCAGAGAAGGAGUCCCUGGUCAUCGACACCCCGCGGGUGAGGAAGCAGACCCGCCACUACAACUCGUUUGAGGACGACGAGCUGAUGGAGUUCUCUGAGCUGGACAGCGACUCGGAGGAACGGCCCAGUCGCUCGCGCCGGCUGGGCGAACGAGCGCGGCGCUACCUCCGCGCCGAGUGCUUCCGGGUCGAGAAGAAUCUGCUCAUCUUCGGUUGGGGGAGGUGGAAGGACAUCUUGAACCACGGUCGGUUUAAGUGGCACCUGACAGAGAAUGACAUGGAGGCUGUCUGCAGGGCUCUACUGGUGUACUGCCUGAGACACUACAAAGGAGACGACAAGAUCAAGAGCUUCAUCUGGGACCUCAUCACCCCCAGCAAGGAGGGCCAGGACCAGGCCUUGAUGAACCACUCUGGUCUGUCGGUGCCAGUCCCUCGCGGCCGGAAGGGCAAGAAGCUGAAGAACCAGCUGAACGCCCCUGAGGUGAAGAGCGCUGAUUGGCUGGUCCACUGCAACCCCGAGGUGGUCCUUCAGGACGACAGCUACAAGAAGCACCUCAAACAGCACUGCAACAAGGUUCUGCUGAGGGUGCGGAUGUUGUACUACCUAAAGGUGGAGGUGCUCGGAGAAGCGGCCAAUCAGGCUCUGGAGGGAAUCCCUGCCAGUAAGCUGGAGGUGGCUCUCCCGGACAUCGACUACAUCGAGAUCCCGGCUGGCUGGUGGGACAGAGAGGCAGACAAGUCCCUCCUCAUAGGAGUACACAAACACGGCUACGAGCGCUACAUGGCUAUGCGUGCGGACCCUGAGCUGUGCUUCCUGGAGAGGGUGGGCAUGCCUGACGCUAUGGCGCUAUCCGCAGAACACACCGCCGGGGAGGGAGGGGUCGAGGCCGCAGACAGUGUGUGUAAGAGCGAGGAGAUGAAGGACGAGACGGAGUUGAAGGACGAGACGGAGUCGAAGGAUGAGACGGAGUUGAAGGAUGAGACGGAGAUCAAGGAUGAGACGGAGAUCAAGGAUGAGACGGAGAUCAAGCCUGACGGAGGAGAAGAGAGGGAGGAGAGGGAAGAGGUUGAGCAGAGGGAGGAGGGGGAGCAGAGAGAAGAGGGGGAGCAGAAGGAGGAGAGGGAAGUGGAAGAACCAAGGGAAGAGGAACCAAGGGAAGAUGAACCAAGGGAAGAUGAACCAAGGGAAGAUGUGGAGGAGGAGAGAGAGGAGGGCAACAAGGGGGAGGCCAGCAGCAGCACGCUGGUGAAGCCUGACGACGCCACGGCACCAGCUGAUUCCGAGUCGGCCGGCGAGCCGGGGGUCCUGGACGAAGCCCCGGCGGUCACCAUGACAACAGCGGCCCCCCUGCCCCCUCCCCUCAUUACGGACACUAUGGCGACAGCGUUGGUAAUGGCAACGCCUGGGACAGGAAGUGGGACAGGAAGUGGGGUGGCGGAACUGCAACUGGUGCAGGCUGGUCCCCGCCCCCCCACAUGGCCCGCUGGCCCCGCCCUCACGGCCCGGCUACGGCGCUUGGUCGCCGCCUACCAGCGCUUCACCAUGCGCCGCGAACCCCUCCCCCUCCGCCCCGACUACCUGAUGCACGACGGCCUGGUCGGCAUGACGAUGGGAGGGGGUGGGCUCCAGCAGCAGCAGCAUCACCAACAACAACAACAUCAGCAACAACAACAACAACAACAACAGCACCAACAAUUCCUCCAUCAGCACACCCAUCACUCCCACCAUGGUGGGGCUGGGGGCCCGUUGGCGUGGCAACUUGGGGAGGAGCUGCGGCGGUGUUCCGUGGUCGCCACGGAGACGGACCCACUCUUUCUGGAGUGGCAGCGGAGGUGGACGCGGCGCGAACAGGCGGACUUCUACCGCACAGUGUCGUCGUUCGGCGUGGUGUACGACCCCGAGAGGAAGGCGUUUGAUUGGUCAACGUUCCGGGCGCUGGCACGGCUGGAGAGGAAGACGGACCAGAGCCUGGAGAGAUACUUCAGCUCCUUCGUCAACAUGUGCAGGACCGCCUGCAGACUGCCGCCCAGGAAGGACGAAGGCCUGAUGGAUGCGGCAGUGUUUGUGGAGCCGCUGACAGAGGAGAGAGCAGCAAGGACACUGUACCGCAUUGAACUGCUCCGCAAAAUCAGAGAACAGGUCCUGCGCCACCCGCUGCUGUCCGCCCGCCUCCAGCUGUGCCGGCCGUCUCUCUACCUCCCCGUGUGGUGGGAGGGCGGGAAGCACGACCGGGACCUGCUGAUCGGGGCGGCCCGCCACGGCCUCAGCCGCACCGACUACUUCAUCCUCAACGACCCCCAGCUCACCUUCCUGGACGCCCACCGCAACUACGUCCAGAAGGAGAGCCAGGCGGCCGUCCUCGCGGGCUACGGCCCCCACCACCACCUCCACGCCGCGGCCCAGCACCACCACCACCACCACCACCACCACCACCCCGCCGCCGCCGUCUCCUCCUCCUCCUCCUCUACGUCCUCAUCCUCGGCCCACCCGCUGCUGCCGCACCCCCACUGCUGCCUCUACGACUCGGGGCUGGGCUGCCACUCGCCCCAGCCCCCGGAGUACCCCCACCCCCACUCCACGCCGCCGCCGGUGCCCUCCCACCCCCACCACCACCCCCACCUCCACCCGGCGAACCCCGACGGGCCCCAGGGCUCGGCCUCCCCCGGCCUGGCCAUGGUGUCCGGACCCCGGGCGGACUUCCUGGACUGCCCCCCGCUGGACGACGGGCUGGAGCUGGGCUCGCUGUCGGCCGACGCCCUGCACGGGGGCAAGGCCUCCAAGGAAGCCCUCAACGGCUUCCCCUUCAACUCGGCCGCCGGGGGGCAGAGCAUGCUCAACUCGUACGGGCUGGGGGGCCCGGACCUGGGCUCCAAGCUGCGCAGUGACGUGCUGGUGGGCCAGCAGGGCUCCUCGGAGGAGACGGGCCUGAUGGCUCCGUCGGUGGAGCUGGACAGACUGCAGGCUCCCUGGGACGGGACGGACCACUCCAGCCCGGCCCACCACAUGUUCAACGAGGCAGACCCCAUCCUGGGCCCCCCUACACUGGAGCCGGGCUUCCUGGAGGAGGACGAGGAGGAGGCGCAGGGGGCCGACCCAGGGGGCGAGGAAGGAGGGACUCUGGAGGAGUGCCUGGGCCUCCCGCCCCCGUCCUCCUCCCACCCCUCGGCCGAGGACGCCGGGGAGCCGCUGUCCUCCAGCUACAUGCUCUUUAAGGAUAUCGGUGUGAGUGAAGAAGCCAGCGCUGACCACACAGACCUCUCAACCAGCCCCCCUCCACCAUACGUCCCGCCUCCCCCGCUCUCCCUCUCUGACAUCACCGCCCCUGAUCCUCACGAUAGGCUAGGCCACUCUGAUGUAACAGAGCCCCUAGCCAAUCAUGACGAGGAUGAAGGAUCCCGGCAGACAGGGAGUGGAGUGUUUGAAUUUGAUGACAAGGAGGAGGUGGAGGAGAUGGAUACGGACGACCUGGAGCGGAACUUGGACCCAACAGAGGACCAGGUGCUGGGACACGGAGAGUCCAGCACACACCAAGCUGACGACCAUAGUCUAGGUCUUCUGGACGGACCCUCCCUGGUAGGGGGCCCUAUCAUCGCCAUGACCCCAGAACCAGACAUGGAAGCCGGGGAGGAAGACAGCAUGGAGACCCCACCCCAACCAUCUCCUGACCUCCUGGAGCCACCCUGUUCCGGGGAGGACCUGGAGAACAUGGCCCAGGAGGAGCCCGGCUCUCUGGGGAGGCUGGAGCUGAAGACAGCGGGCGACCCAAUGGAGGAAGAGGAGAAGCACGGGGAGGACGUGUUGGAUGGACUGGGGCUUGGUCACAGAAUCGAACAGAACGGAAUGGAUGGAUGUUCACAGGACAUUCCGUCAGCGGACCUCCCACUCAUGGAAGGAAUGGCAGAAGGUUCUAGUGCAGAAAGGACUCCCAUGACCCCAGAAGUUCCGGAUGACGAUAACCUGGGCCAAGCCAUUUCUCUCCCACCUGACUCUGCGUUGUCGCCCUGCGAUCAUGACGCAGAAGUCGUCACCGGGCAACCGGAGCCACACAAAGGAGAGCUGCAACAAAACCUUUACGCUGCACAAUCCAUCAUCCACUGGUCCACCUCUGAUUCAUCCCCGACCGAUCUGUCUAUGUCUGCCUUCGAGAGGAACGAGAAAGCAGGGUUCCAGCAGUCUCAACAUGGAGUUGUAGACCAGGACGACAUGGCCAACGCCAGGAGGAUCUGUGAGGACAAACCUGGUCAGCUGGGACUGGAUGGGAAGUUCUCCGCGUGGCAGGAGGAUAGCAAACCGCACCUGGUGGGCCGACCCAUCAAGAAGGAGGAGACCAAAGGGGAGGAAAUGGAGGAGGAGUUACCUUUGUAUCCACACAAUGCUCCAGACGUCAAGCCCCCGAACCUCCUCGGAUACACCGUCAAGACGGAGGGUCUUGUGCCCAAAACAGAGCAGUUCGAGUUCUCGGUGAAACCCGAAGAGAUGGAGUCCAAGUCUGAAGAUCUGAGCUUCUCCACCAAAGCCGAGAACCAUCUUCAGUUCGCCUCAUACGGUGCUGGAAUAAAGUCAGAGUCAAAGCCAGGGAGCGUGGACUUGAUUGGGUAUCCAGACUGUAACGAACUGAAGCCCGAGACCAAAUCAGAAGGUCUUGGCUUUGACGGCUACCCGGACAGCUCUGAGAUCAAGCCUGAACCCAAGCCUGAAGGGGUUGGGUUCACAGCCUACCCGGACACGAAGGUGGAGACCAAGAGGGAGUUUCUGGAGGCUGACAGCACGGUACAGACCCACAAGCUGGAGCAAGGGGAGGGGCUGGCUGAAGCCCCUGAGAGCCCACAGGUCAAAGUUCAGAUGAAGGAGGAGAGGCCAAAAUCACCAGUGCCUGUGGUGGAGUCCUACCCGCCCAGCCCUCGCUUCGCCUCUUCCCUCGCCAUGUGUGAGCUUCCAGACGGCCUCCAUGACGCCCGCGAGCCCACCAUCGCCCAGCUGCUGCAGGAGAAAGCCCUCUACUCCUUCUCCGAGUGGCCAAAGGAUCGCGUCAUCAUCAACCGCCUGGACAGCAUCUGUCACGCUGUGCUGAAGGGGAAGUGGCCUUCGUCCAGUCAACAGUACGACUCCCCGAGCUCUCUGGCCGCUAACCCCUGCCUGGCCAACAGCCUAGCCCAGCAUCAUCCACUCCGGGCUGGCUACCUCCCUACUACAGCCCCCUGCUCCAUCUCUGCAGGCCCCACAGGGCCCCACCAGGCCCGACUCCAACAGCCCAGCCCUGGGUUAGCCUUCUCUAUCCCUCCCCCGCUCACCAGACUACCCAAGUACAAGGCCCGUGGCGGGGCUUCUGGGCGUGGUCAGUGGCGGCUCACGUCCUUGCCUCUCUUACAGGAGAGGUUGGUGGCCCCGCCCUACCUCCCUGAGCUCAAACGGGCCGGGGGGCGGCGGCCCUACGACUAUGAGGCCGCCAUCUUGGCCUCUGCCAGCAAAACGUCUGCCUCCUCUUCCUCAUCCUUGUCCGGCGCCGUCGGCUGUGACAAACCCCCGUUGGUGGCUCCGCCCUCUCACCGCGUGGGCGGGUCCAUGUUGCUCAACGGCUGGCAGGAAGUGGCCAUCGACCUGACCAAACCGUCGGGAGAUAUGGCCGGAGGCACCCGUACCAGCAGCAGCAGCAGUAUGGGAGGAGGAGAGGGUGCCAUGACGACGAUGACGACGACGACAAUGGCUGGCUCUGGCAACAAGCUCCCCCCGCCCAUCACGGCGCCGCUGGGGGGUCUGGACAUGGCGGGCAUCCUCCAGGCGGGCCUCAUCCAUCCCGUGACGGGACAGAUCGUCAACGGGAACACGAGGGGGGACGACUCGCUGAGGAGGAGGCGUGGCAGGAGGAGGAACAUGGAGGCGCUGUACUCGGAGUUCGCCAAGAGCAGAGGACUCCAGCUGCAGGAGGCCAUGGGCAGGGUGGAGGCAGUCAGCCACUCCUCCGUCUCCUCCUCCACCUCCUCGCCCUCUCCCUCGCCGUCGGACCGCCCCCCCGGCCCCCCAACCCCCUCCUCCUCCUGCUCCACCCCCACCCCCGCCCCCACCCCGCCCCAGACCGACACGUUGGCCGCUGAUAGGCAGGCGGCCAGUAAGGGCCUUCUGGAUUGGCUGAGGCAGAACCCGGGCUACAGCAUGGACCUGCCAGCCUUCGCCCACUCCGGGCUCCAUGGCCUGGUGGAGCGGCCCAAGCAGCGCCGACAUCGCUGUAAAGACCCCACCAAGCUGGACGUCAGCUCCCUCACCGGGGAGGAGAGGGUCCCUGUGGUGCACCGGGGGACCGGGCGCCGGCUAGGGGGCGCCAUGGCCCCAGCCAUCAAGGAGCUGUCCCAGUGGUUGGACGCUAACUCAGAGUACUACGUAGCGCCAGAUUGGGCCGAUGUCAUCAAGACCUCCGGUUUCCUCCCGGAGGUGAAGUUCGGGCGGAUCCUGACGGAGCCGAUCCACAGGGACCCGGGGUCGCGCCGGCGGGGGCGUCGGCCUCGCAGCGAGAUGCCCAAGCCCCUCCUCUCCGUGUCGGAGGCGUCGGGCCUGGCCCCGCCCCUCUUCCUGAACGGGGGUAUGAUGGGCAGCAUGGACUCCAUGGUGGCCAUGCAGAACCUCCGCGCCGGCCUCCCGGGCAUCCCCAUCUCGGGCAUCAUGGCGGCCGGCUUCCCCCACGGCUUCGCCGCGGCCGUGUCGGCGGCGGGGGCAGGGGGCUCGUCGUCCGAGGACGGCAAGAACGGCCUGAGCAUGCUGCCCAUGAUGCUCCACCACAGCAUGUCCCACCCCCAGCACGCCAUGUUCAGCGUGGGCGCGCUGAUGUCGCCCCACCCCAGCUCCUCCUCCGCCGGGACCGCCAUGGUCACCACGACGACCACGGUGCAGUCGGCGCCGGGCGACCUCAGCCCCUCCCCCUCCCAGAGGUCGAUGACCCCGGCGGAGCGGGACGGCUCGUCCCCGUCCUCGCGUUCGGGAGGAGGAGGAGGAGAGGGGAAGGACCGCAGGAGGGAGGAGAAGGGAGGAGGAGGGGGAGGGGGAGCAGGCGGCGACGGGGGUCAAAGGUUAUCGGGGGCGGACGCCGUAGCCAUCAUCACCUCCUCCAGCGGUGGUCACCUGACCUCGAGUCACCUGAGCUCGGGUCACCUGACCUCGCAGGGUGGUCACCUGAGCCUGCAGGGCGGUCACCUGACCUCGGGUCACAUGACCUCACAGGGUGGUCAUCUGGGCUUUAACCCCUUCCUCAUCCCAAGCAUGUCCCACGGCCUCCUCUACCCCCACAUGUUCCUCCCCCACGGGGGGGUCAUGACCCUGCCCGCCAUGCCCCCCACCCCCCCCAACGGCCCCCCCGCUGGCAGCCCCAAGCGGAGGAGGAAGAGGGUGAGGGAGGAGGAGCGGUUCAGGGAGGAGGAGAGCGAGGCGAGAGGAGCCGAGGAGAGAGACGCUGCGGCGCAGGCGGAGGCUGAGGCUCUCCUUCAUCCAUCCAGCUCGUCCUCCUCGUCUUUAGUCCUCCCCUCCUCCUCCUCCUCCUCGCUAUCUGACCCCCCAGCGGCCAACCAGAACCCUAUCACCCGGGAACCUCAACCCCCGAACCCCCCUCCAACAGGGGGCUGCUCUGGGGAGCAGAGAGAGGAGGAGGUGGAGAGAGGAGUUGAGAUGAGGAGAGGAGAGGAGUUAGAAGGAGGAGAGGAGGUGGCGGGAGCGGUUGUUACCAGAGAGGAGGAGGAGAAGGAGGUGUGUGAGCCCGACAGACGUAUGGAAGGAGAGGAGGGCUAGUGGAGAACAGAAGGGAACAAGGGAACGAAGGAGUACAAGCGAUUCCACCUUCACCUCCUCUCUCGGGCGCUCCUCCUUGACUGCAGUGUAAAGUUUGUGUCGUGUCCGUCGAUGUUUAUGUAAAAGACUUUGUAACGAUGACCAUGAGGACUCGGUAUGAUUCUAUAUGACAUGUUUGUACACCUAUAAGUACCCCACAACCCGCCUCUAUAGUGCUCCUACAGAGGACAAACUCGUCUGUCAGUCUUUCUCUUGGUGCAGAGUGCAAACAAACUCCUCCCCGCCUCUCCAUAUCGGAGGAGCGCUUCAGUAUUGGUGUGUGAAUAGUAUCGUAGUGAUGUGAGCUGCUGUCUUGUUGAUCUACUUUGGGAGGUUAGGGUGUUCCAACCGGGCACACUAUGGUGGGACACUGAGCUUCUACACAGACAUGGAGACGUGGACUGUUGGUUGGGAGGGAAACUGACUGAACAUGUGGUCCUACUCAGACGAUGUUGUUACCUCAGGGUGAGAGGUGAAAAAGUUACAAUCAACAAUUGAGUCAUUUUGGAGACUUACGGUGAAUACAGUUAAUCAAGGAGCUGGUAGGGGUUAGACAGUGAAUACAGAGACAGUUCAUUAAAGACCAGGUAGGGUUUGGAGAGUGACUACGGAGACCUUCGUUAAGGGGCAGGUCAGGGUUAGACAGUAGAUACAGAGAGAGACAGGUAUGGGAUAGACGUCUUUCUCACGGAGGCCUGCAGGUAGAUGAAGUAUGGAGAGCAGUUGUAGUCAGACCUCCCGUAUAGUGCACAAUUCUGUCGUUCAUCCUGUGCUCCAAAUUGACUUGGUUGUAUGAAUACAAGAGUCCAGAUUUAAUUUUACAGAAACCUCAUUAUCUUUACAUAUCUGCCGAUAACUAUAGAUGAAGUGGUAUUUGUAGAUCUCUAUCGAUGAGUUCCCCAUGGAUGGUGAAUCAUAUACAGGAAUCUACACAUACAUGAAGAGGUGUGCGUAGAUUCCUAUAGAUUCCGCUAAUGACUAGUCCACCCUGAAGAAAAUAAAACAUGUCUGAGUCGGACUGCAGGAGAAUGAGAGAGGUUCUGAUGCUCAGAGUAUUUCACCCUGCUCUCCCUUGCACACAUUGGUGUUCUGAGCGACAAGUUGAACUAGCCGUAGGCUUUAAUAGAGUUGGAGGAGCUAAGGACCCUCUAGUCAUGUGACUGGGACUUGGAGUACUUUCAUUGGUUGGUUGGUGGCCAAUAUGAUUAGGGUUCUCAAUUGUUCUGAAUGCAACAACAUGGAGAGUCCAUCAAUUUAAUCAGUUCCCAAAUAUUCCAGUCAUGUAACUUAAAUCUUAAGAAUUUGUCCCCUUUUCAUUUCCGAGACGAUAUCAAUGUUAACGUUGGAAACGAUCAUUGGAUAUUGAUUAUGUAUUUGUAUUGUCCACCUUUUAACAGUAGGAUCAUGUUGUAUCAGUGUUAGAAUGCUACAAGUUGGAUGAAACAAUCCCGGGCAUGAAUGUUGUAUCUUGAGUUAAACCAAGCCGUCUGCCAGUCACCCAGAUUUCAUUUUAGUUUCACUUUCACAAUGUUUUUGUUUUGAAGCCACCAUGCUGCUGUGUGGCCGCGUUCAAAAGAAAAGGUCAUUGAUCUCCUGUCUAGGAAAAAUAACCAGUGCUGUGUUCCAAUAUCCAUACUUCCAUGAGUCACUUAAACGUGGUGUUUGUAAUAACACCGUUAUUUUUUUAGUAACGGGGUAAUCUAACUAAUAACUGUUUCCGUCGUUACACCGCUGUAACUGUAUGUUAAAUGAGGUGCAUUACUAUUAAUUGAUUGUGAUUGAACUGCGUAAUCCGAACGCACCCCUGGCUCCACACACAAACUGCUCGGGAGGAGACCGGGUGGGUUAACAACGAGAUAAGCAAUUAUGAUUGGCUAAGGCAGAGUCAUGUUUCAUGGUAGCCAAUCGGAUCCAGUGUUUUUACAGUCCUUUCAGUACACAUAUUUUCGCCCGAUCGGAAUUGGAACGCCCUACUUACUCAAACUAAGGCUAGUAAGUACGGAUUGUAUGGAUAUUGGAACACAGGAGAGAACAAAGGAAGAAACCAAACUAAGAUACUAAAAUAUGACUCCAUAAACGACCUGGAAGGGUUUGAUCGGACAUGGGAGCUGAGAACAAUCCUGAGAUUAUUUGGUUUCAUUAUUUUUGUGAGAUGUUUGUCUAAAGAUGUUUUUGUACAUUUUUGCAACACAUAGUCACUUUGAACCCCUGUUGGUCCUGUUACCAGGCCCUAAUUAAUGUACUUCCUGUUUGAAAGGCAACACACGGCAUCACACACUGUCCAAUAAGCAGCCAGGGGGAGGGGAGAGGAUCCCAGUAGAAGCGGUUCUAUUGGUCGGUUGGGUUCAGAGGUGGAGGAGUUGGAAGCAUUGUCAAGGGACUUGUAAUGUUGUAUUUCACGUAAAUUGUUUGUUCGGAAAAUCUGAUGUGUCCGUAUUCAGCCGUUUGUCUCAAAGGGAAGAGUAUGAGAAGCCAGUGGACAGGGAGGGGGGAAGAGGAGGGAGACAAAUAGCGUUGUAAUAAUUAUACUCCCGAGUUCCCCUCGAUCCGCACGCAAGGACGAAAGGUGUCACUCCAUCUCCAUCCAUGGCUGUAUAUCGCUUUCUAACUCUCCUCAUUCACUCUGCGUUUGCUGGUCUUGAUGGUCCACCGACCGAUGGCGUGACUUACAUGGUGUGUUUGUAAGGAACCAUGUUGUCCUCUGUGGGAUGCAACACUCUACAUUAAGAAGGGGCAAAUCAUAGGCUUUAUUUGCUCCCAUGACAGGGUAUGUAUUUUGGUAGGGGGUUGUACGUCAGUGUUGUUCUUUUUGAAACGAUGUCGGCCUGUUUUUUUCUUCUGUUACCUGUAAAUGAAUACAUUUUUGCACAGUAUAUUUUGAUGAAUGUUUACCUGUCAAUGUACUGUCUGUUCUUUCCCCUUUUUUUGUUAGGGCGCGUGUUGCCUUUCUGUUUGUGUGCUUGUGUGCUUGCAUGUGCACACAUGCACACACACAGUUCUGUCCCGGACAUUAUUAUUAUUAUUAUUAUUAUUAUUAUUAUUACUGAGCUGUCUAUUUUAUCUCUCUCGCCCCCGAAGGACACCUUCAAAAAACAAAAAAACAUGACAGAAUUAUUGUUGCCUUGUCACAAUAAUGUGGCUACAUAUAAUUUAUUGUACACUUUAUCUUUUUUUUUUUUUUGCUUUGCCAAAUUCACACCAAAUAUGUUUUUUGUUUCUUAGAUUUCAUAUACUCCACGUCACAUGCCUUAUUUAGCUAGCUUUAUAUAGCCACUUUGUUACGUCUUCAUAUUGGAAAUUAUUAUAUCAAGACUUAAGUUUAGUUGAUGUUACCCAUCAGAUGCAUGCAUACACAGCCUUGCCCAUGGGCAAGAACAACCAGAGGGGUAGAAGUGACAUGGUAGUACUCUGGUGCCCUAGUCCAAAGUCUCUCAUUGAGACUCUUGUGUCGCCCACGUUGCCUUUUAAAAGUUUGAUCUGGAAUUCUAAUCAAUCGGCCUUGAAGCACAAAGGAGAAUAUGAAACAGCAGUGCCUCUGAAGUCCCUUUAGUCUCUAUCGACUGUGUAAUAGCCUGGCAGUGGCACAGUGGCUCCCAUUGCUGGGAGGUGGGAUCUCCCUGGCUGGGAUGGCACUGUUUGCAGACGAUUUCAUGUUUUAUCUGCAGUUGUUAAGGACUAAACCAGGUCUCUACAAGUAGCAUCUGGCUAAGCAACGCACACGUUGUAUGCAUACAAAUUAAGCAUUGGAUCUUUUGAGUUCUUGUGUGUCUAAAUAUCGAGCGAUUUGGCAACAACGUACCAAAAGAUGACUAUAAUAGAGUUCAGUUUGUUUCCUAUGUUUUUAACCAACAAAAACACCAUCCUCCAUAAUUCCACAGCCCACUCACGCACCCAAUGUUUUGUUACUUGUUGGCUCAGGUGCGAAAGAACGAGUAUAACAUUCACAGGUCAAGUUUGUUACAACUGUCAGAGGAUUUUCUAAGUCUUGUUAUGCCAUAUAUUAUCUUUUCUUUGUCUUGGCUGUGUUGGUUGUUGGCUCUUCUCCUGUAGCUCCUUUCAUGGCACUUCAAAUGUUAAGUAAAGUAAUGCAGAUGUAUCUCUGGUCACAAAUCUGAUUCCAAAAUAUUGCAGAUGAAGUCUGCUAAUGUUUCACUAAUUCUUGUUACAUGUUCUGACAAGCAGUCAAACUGUGAUGAACUUAACUUGUGCCACAUAGCACAUAGGUGGAGGGGUAAGUUAAAUUAGCCUGUUAUAUAAACCAGUGAGUAUUCGACUGAAAUUCAACAUUGUACCAAAUGAAUGAAUCACAUCAAGACUGUUUUUGUUAUUGUAUGCACAUUAAUUGGAAGAUUAGUAUUUAACAAGAACAGAUGUCGUUCAUGCAAGCAAAAUAUUUUUCAUGUUCCAAGUUUCAAAAAUAAUUGAUUGUUAGGGAAAAUCCAAACCCGCUGAUCCCAAACUGCCAGGAUCCAGGGCUAAACCUUCUCAAGAUGUAUUACAUGUAUUACUAAUAGUGGGUUGUUCCUUAGAAAGAUCCACCCCCAAAAGUCUGUUGCAGGGGAAACUACUACAUGUCUUCAUGAAUACUAUUUCUUGUAUAUAUAAUAUUUAGCGUAUUAUUUCCCUCCACAGCAGCAAAGGAGUAACACUCCAGGUCCAUUACUCUAAUGCACUUUUAACACAUUUGAUCCGGUUUCGAUGCGACUUCUGAGUUCGGAUCGCAAACUGCGACUACUUUGCGAUUGGGAUUCAGUAGUCUCAUGAAGCCCGACGUAUAACAGAGAAACUGCCGUGUUGACGGUAUUCAAAGCAGUUUCUCUCUACAGUCUGACGAAGGGUCACUUUUCAUAGCAGAAAACGACAAGUUAAAAUGGUAAAACAGGCAAUCAGCAUGUAUUAGACACGUAUCACUAUAGAAUGAUAUACCGAGAGAAAUAAAAACACUUGCCAAACAUGCCACCAACACACUGCAAAUGGUUUAACUAUUAUUUUCAAGGUGUCGGUAUCCAGUUGAGUUCCGUUAAUGUCUGUCUGUAAACCACCUCAUCCGAACCGUUCUGCUAACCGCUAUCAACAUUGACCCAGCAGCACUGCUACAUGACGCUAACGACGAUACCUGGUUGAUCCAGACGUACAACCUCCGAUGGUGAAUUAAAAACUGUUGAGGUGUGUUAUUCAGUUUUUUUUUCAGUUUGUAGCUAGCUCUGUAGCUGGCGCUAGCUCGGUUCCCCCCAUUUGGACCAAUAUCAUCAUCACAACUUGGUAUGUGUGAUCUUUUAUUGUGCAAUAAAAGACGACUUUCAACUUGUA